AUUUUCGGCUCCAAAAGAGACUAAACCACCGCCAACACGUCGAAGCUAGCAAACAUUACCUUCGGCUGCGUCAAUCUGGACAGGACGCCGGUCAAUGCUGGGUUGUGUAACAAAGUCUGAUGGAGAUGGAUGACGAGCUGGAGAACUUCAUCAGGGAGCGGAAAGCAAGAGUGGCUGAGGAUAAAGCCAGGCUGGAACAAGACCCUCCUUACAUGGAAAUGAAGGCCAAACCCCACAGAAGUUAUGAAUCGACAGUCAAGGAGAACAUUCCUCCCAAUUCUUUUGCUCAGGGAAAAGAGGAGAGUUGCAGUAUGGGUCUGCCUCUCGGUGUGGAGUACGAGAGGAAGAAACAGAGGCUGCAGCAUGAGCUCCGGAUGGACUACAGACGCUACAUGGCUCAGCAACACUUACUUGAAGACCAGACUGGCUUUCUCCCCAAACAGAGAGUCUCCUCACGCAGGAAUGCAGCCACUCUAACAGAGGAGAACAAAGGCCUGCAGAGGGCGCUGCGCCUCGUCAAGGGGAAGGCCCUCUGUCCUGAGGAGGAAGACGAGCAGCCACCACUGGCUCGAAGGUAUCGUAACAGGCCACGGAGACCCGUGGACCAGGAGUCGGAGGAAGAUGAAUACUCAGAGGAGCUGGAGCUGAUGGAGGACAGAAGGAUGGGCACUGAUCCUGGGUAUGAGAGGAGACGAAACAAUAAAACUGAUGGCAGGGAGAAGAGGGAGAAUCCAGCUGGCCUUGCCAGAGACGGCAGGAGAUUUAAAGCACUGACCAAAAGCGAUGACACUGAGUUUGCUACUGGCCUUAUAAUAGGAGCAGAUGACACAGAUGAGACUCUACGGAGAAGAAAGGAGCGCUACAGACAGGAGCUGCAGGAACAGAUCGCUGAACAACACAGGAACAAAAAGAGGGAGAAGGAUUUGGAGCUGAAAGUUGCUGCCACAGGAGCCAAUGAUCCUGAGAAACAGCCGGACCGAAUCAGACAGUUUGGACUAAGCAGGAGAAGAAAUCUUCAGGUUUUACAGCCAUCGGCAACAGGAGAUGGUGAAUCAUCACCCAGAGGUCUGUCCAACAGGGAGAGGAUUGCUCUUCGAGAAAGAGAAUUGCCUCCUCCUGAGCAGCCUCAUGUGGCCUUCCAGUCCCCUCUACUGGACUACAGCUCUGCUCUGGGUCUGGGAGGUGGUCUGUCUCCCAACGGUCAACCUACUGCACCGUCCUUCCAUAGAGACACUCCCAGAAUUCCGAUGUUCCCUCCACAUCCUCCCUCGGGUCUCAGUGACGCCUACAGGAACCUGUACACUGAGCCCCAUUUCUGCUAUGGCUCCAGAAACCUGCUCGACCCAAAUAUGGCCUACUGUGGUCAUUUGUCUGUCCCUGGUGCUGGUCUUCCCGUGUCCUGCUGGAACGUACCACAAGGUGGAACUGUGCCCAGCCGGUUUGGUAACCACAGCCCUCACAGCCAGUACAGUGGAAGCAGCUUCCCUGAUCCCCCAACUCGUUCCCGAAAUGAAGCUCCUGCUAUCAACUCACCCGUCAGGGUUUUCCCUGCAGAGAGAUCAAGUUCAACCCGAGAAAGAAUCCUGAGCUACAGAGAUGCUCUCAAAGAACAGGAAGCUUCCAGAAGAGGGCGCAUCGAGCUUUACAACAAGAUCCAGGAGCAGCAGGAAAGGAGGCGCCUGGAGAAGGAGGAGAGGGAACGUUACGAGGCUCGGCUUGAGGCCGACAUGAAGAAUCACCAGCCCUGGGGCCGAGGUGGAGGAGGAGCGCCUCUCAAAGACAGCACUGGAAAUCUCAUAGCUGAUCUCAACCAGAUGCACAAGCUAAAUGAAGAGGCCUACAUCAACCCGGAGCAGUGGCAGAGGAAAACCACGGCUGCCAUGACAGCACGUCAGCCAGAGCAACCUGACCCCAACGAGAGGGUCUCUGGUUUCACACACGUCCAAACUCCACAGUUUGCCAGAGGCAAAGUGUUUUCCAACCAGCCCACCCAGCAGCAGCUCCAGGACCAGGACAAGUACAAAGCUUUCCUCAAACAGCAGAUUGAGGAGAAAAUGCGUAAGAAGGCAGAGGAGAGGGAGCUGGCCAGACUGGAGGAGGAGAAAGAAGAGAAGAGGCUGGCGGAACAGAGAGCUCGCAUCCAGAGAGAGUUUGAGGAAGAACAAGAGAGGAAAAAACAAAAAGAAAAGGAGCAAAAGAUGAAGAAUGAAGAGCUAAUUCAGCAGGCUGAGGAGAGGAAGAAGGAAGCUGAGAGGAAGAAGAAGGACGUGGAGGAGAAGGAGAAUGGAGUGCUGAGGAGGCAGUAUGAGAGGGAGAGACAGGCUCGUGUGGAGGAGGUCUGCAGGGAGCCUUCACCUCCUAUUCCCACUCUGCAGAAGAAACAUGUACCACACCAGUUCACCCCCAGACCUCCUACAGUUGACAGCCAGCACUCGACUGUCCCUCUGUCUGAACGUUCUUUGUCUGGUCUCCAGUCUCCUCCUGUUCCUGCUCGUAGAACCCAGCUCCGAGCUGCAUGCGAUCAGAGGGACGUGUUUAGUGAACUGUCAGCUUUGCGUCGGCAGCUUCGCAGUGAACAGAAACGGCUGGAGAAUCAUCUGCAGCAGGACGACUGGGAGGAAUUAGACUCUCCUCUGAGUGACAGACUUGGGGAGCGCCCCCCGGUGGAUGUGUUUGAUAUGGCCAGGCUGCGGCUCCAAGCUCCGGUCCGAAGACCCAACUCCAGAAACAUGGAGCCCAGAAACCUGCUGCAAAUCCACGACUCCCUUCAGCUCAAAUACACAGAUGCUAAGUCCAGGCUGGACUCCACUGAGGUUCCUAAACUGGAGGAAGUGGGCGUGACCAGCAUGAAAAGACACAACUACAGGGAAACAUAUCACCAGCUCAGCAGCCACAGAUCGACAGCUCAGGACGAUUAUUUUGACUUGUCCCCAACACAUCAAAAUGAUUAUCUGAGGAGUGUGAUGGGACGAUCUGCCAGAGGUUCCCUGCUGGAGUCAGAGAGUGCGUUCAUUGAUCCUCUAGGCAAUGCCUUCCCUGUGCCUCGCACGCCAGAGUGUGAGAAGACCCCGCAGCUGUCAGCCAGAGAGAGGAGGAGGCUGGCCAAACAGUCGCAGCAUCCUCAGGAAGGAGCUGCUUCCCGUCAGUGCAGAGGUCAACACGACUCGAACACAGGACCAGUGGAUCAGUCUGACGACGACGACUCCCCUCCUCGCUUUUCUCUUCACAACAUGAACCAUCGAAGCUCCAGGGAAAGCGCGGUCACGGAUUCCUGGACGCGGCCGGGAACGUCGGACACGCAGAAGUGUUUGGACCGUCCAUCGAGGAGGGAACGGUCAGCGACGUAGGAACGAAUAUGCCAAAAUGAACAAAAUGAUUCUGAUGUAAAACAGACCGACUGUGAUGGAUGUGUGGUUAUGAAUUUCUGAAAACUGAUAAACAUUUGUAUGUUCUUUUCAAGAAAAGUCUUUGUUUACAUCAGUAAGAACUUGCAAUCACUUGACUAAUGACCUCAUUAUUUUUAAAUAAAUUAUUUUAAAUAUU